AUGUCGUUUGCCCCGUUUGUUGGUGUAAACCACCAUGGCCAGUCAAUUAUUUUGGGGGCUGGCUUGAUUUCGAGUGAGGAUACUGAGACAUUCACCUGGUUGUUUCAAACGUGGUUGAAUUGUAUGGAUGGUGACGCUCCAAAGGCUAUUAUCACUGAUCAAGAUAGGGCCAUGAAAAAUGCUAUCGCGCUUGUCUUUCCAAAUAGUCGGCACAGAUUUUGUUUAUGGCACAUAUUGAAAAAAUUACCUGAGAAGUUAGGUUCACAUGGUGCUUACAAAACUGGGUUGAAAAGUCAGUUGUUAAAUUGUGUGUAUGACUCGCACACAACAGAGGAGUUUGAGAGAUCUUGGGCAGUGAUAAUUGAGACGUACAACUUGCAGGAGAAUGCUUGGUUGCAGAGUUUAUACGUUGAGCGUAUGUAUUGGGCACCCACAAACUUAAAAGAAUUUGUUGAUCAAUUCGAUAAUGCAUUGAGGAAGAAGAUUGAGAAUGAAAAUGCAGCGGACUUCCACUCCUUCAACACCGCAAUUCCAGUCAUCUCUCCCUCUCCACUUGAGAAGACAUUUCAGAACAUAUACACUUGCAAUAAAUUUAGAGAAGUCCAGAAAGAAGUGAUGGGGAUGCUUUCAAGUCUUCCAACUCUACACCUGAAGGAUGGUGUAAUUGCUACGUACCAUGUAGAAGAUGAAGUGGAUAUUGAUGAUUUCAUCAAAGAGGUGACCCAUACGGUGUAUUUUAAUGAGGUCGAAUGCGAUGUGAAGUGUUCAUGUGCCUUGUUCGAGAUGAGAGGCAUAUAG